CCUCUCCUCUCUACGUCUGCACUUGCAUCCAUAAUGGCUGAUCCCUAUUCUCUCAUCGUUAUCCCUCUUAUUCAGGAGGCACUCUCUAUAUUAGCUUCACCGCACGACAGUAGAAUCAGACAACUCUGGAAUUCAGGGGAUUUGAAGAAGGAGCUGGAGAAGCUGAAGGUGUCGCUCAAAUUGAUAGAAUCUGUGCUCAAAAAGGUAGAUCAAAUGCAAAGUGAUGAAGGCACAAGGGUUUGGCUGCAGAGUCUCCACGAUGCAGCUGAUGAUCUGCGUGAUCUGCGGGAUGAGGAUGCAUAUGGAGUACACCGGCACAAAGGUUGGAUUCAAAGCCAAUUCAAGAAACAGGUGCACAAUCUCCUUUUUCCCUCCAAAUCCAUGCUUAGCAAAAUGAAGGAGGUUAAUGAGUCUUUCCAUAGAAUUGUACAACAAUCAAAUUGUAUAACACUGAUAAAAGACAACCAAAAUCUUCAAGCUCCUAGGCUAGAAGAAGCUGAUGAAUCAAUUUAUAAUCCUGAAAUUUUGCGAAGGGAUGCUGAUGUCUUAAAAAUUGAAAGAUUGCUGGAUGAGUUCAGCCAGGAACAUCAACUCUCUGGCCUUUCCAUCGUUGGCAUGCCAGGUGUUGGAAAGACAGCAUUAGCUGGAUCAAUACGUGAGAGGGCAAGGAGUAAUGUCCUCUAUAAUCAUGUGGUCUGGAUGUCGGAACCCGAGGAUUUUAAAAGAGGGACGAUGUUAAGACAUAUGUUGGACUGUGUUGAUAGUCAUGCUGGUGGAAUGCAAAAUUCCUAUGCAAUGGAAUGCCAUCUUGAAAAAUUGUUACAAAAUAAAAAAAUUCUUCUCAUCCUUGAUGGUGUAUUGAAGGAAGAUGCUCAGAGGUUGAAACUGUUCAUCUCUUAUCUGCCAAAAAGGUUCAAAACUACCAGAAUCUCUGUUGUCAUAACAACUAGUAAUAAAGAGGUAGCUUCAAUAAUGGGCACAAUUCCUUUGCAUAAGCAUGAAUUGCAAAAGCUAUCAGAUGAAGACUGCUGGUUGAUAAUGGAGGAGAAUGUUCGCAGAUCGUCCAAUGGAACUCCAAUAGAAGAUCCACAGUUGUUGCUUAUUGGAAAAGAUAUUGCAAAACAGUGUGGGGGUUUGCCAUUAGUUGCAGCUGUCUUUGGCGAACACUUAGGCACUCAUAUUGGGGUAAAUGAGUGGUCAGCUAUCAGAGAUAAUAAAGCAUGGCGUGCACCACAUAGAGAGAAGAUUCUGUCUCACCUGAAAAAAAGUUAUGAUCACUUGCCUCCCCACUUGAAAAAAUGCUUUUCUUUCUGUUCUAUUUUUCCAAAAAAUUGUAAAAUUAGAAGAGAUGAAUUAGUUCAGCAUUGGAUGGCUAUUGGGUUUCUUUCCCACAGCAAAUCAGAAACAGAACUUGUUGGUAACAACCACUUCAAUGAGUUGGUAUCCAAUUACUUAUUGGAAGACAUGGAUAUGGAUGAGUGUGGGAAUAUAAAGUUUUGCAAGAUGCAUGAUGAGGUGCAUAAUCUUGCAUUGUUUUCGGCAAAAUAUGAAACAUAUGUUUGGCCAGAUACCCAUCCAGUUGAGGAGAGUGUUCGGCAUAUGAGGGUUCAGUCUGAUCAAAACCUUCAAGCUGUUCCAGAAGGUGUUGCUCAGAGGUUGCGCUCUUUGUUCUUUGAUGUUAAUGUUUUGCACAUGAUGCCUAAGAAGUCCAGAAGUUUGCAAUCUUUAAAGCUAGCAGCUGCUGAUGCAAAUGAGUUGAAAUCUUCUCUUGGCAGAUUGAAAUAUUACAUGAAAUUCCUUGACAUAUCAGAAAGUGCAAUUAAAAGACUACCAAAAUCUGUCACCAAGCUCUACAAUUUGCAGACUUUAAGAUUCACGGACUGCAAUUCAUUGGAAAAGCUCCCAAGUGGUAUUGAAAAUCUAGUCAGCUUGAGGCAUAUUUAUUUUGAUGAUGAAAGGCACGUGCCAAGUAGCAUUGGGAAAUUAACUUCUCUUCAGACUUUACCGCUAUUUGUUGUGGGCACGGAAAAGGGUCGGAAAAUUGAAGAGCUUAAAUCUUUGAACCAACUCAGAGGAAAACUGAAAAUUUGCAAGCUUGAGCUAGUAUCUCAAUCAGAAGCAAGUGAAGCAAGACUUGAAGAUAAAGGAGAAUUGAUCAAGUUGCAAUUUGUAUGGAGUAAAAACAGAGCCAACAGUGACAAAGAUAUGGGUGUUCUGGAAGGUCUUCAACCUCACUCAAAUUUGAAAAGCUUAACCAUUGAGAAUUAUAGGGGAGGCAACUGCCCUUCAUGGAUGAUGAAGGAUAUCAGUGGCUCACAUGCUUCCUUUCAGCUUAACAGACUUGUGAAGUUGAAAUUGAUUGAUUGUGAUGAAUGUGGUGAUAUUUCGUGCCUUGAACUCUUACCUGAGCUUAAGGUUCUCAAUAUAAAGGCAAUGCCAAAUGUGAAGAGGAUAGGCAGAAUGUCUUAUCAUCAAAGCAGCAGCAUGGCAAGCAGCAGCCAAGGCGGGGGACAAUCAAUAAAACCGUUUCCAGCUUUAAGAAAACUCAAGUUAAGUCGCAUGACACAGCUGGAGGAAUGGACAGGGGCACAAGGGAUGGUCGUGUUUCCUUGCCUUGAGGAGUUGCAUAUUCAGCAUUGCCCCGAGCUCAAAACAUGGUGCACAAGCAGCAGCCAAGGUCAAGGAGAAUCAGUCCUACCAUUUCCAGCUUUGAGAAAACUAACGUUAAGUGAGAUGACAAAUCUGGAGGGAUGGAAAACAGCACAAGGCAUGGUUGUGUUUUCUUGCCUUGAGGAGUUGCAUAUUGGGGAUUGCCCGGAGCUCAAAACAUGGAGCACAAGCAACAGCCAAGGCAGAGUAGAUUCAAUUACACCAUUUCCAGCUUUGAGAAAACUUACUUUAAGCAACAUGACAACGCUGGAGAAAUGGACAGAAGCACAAGGCAUGAUUGUGUUUCGUUGCCUUCAGGAGUUGCAUCUUCAGGAUUGUCCAGAGUUCAACACAUGGUGGGAAGAUGGAUCUGCAUCUCCGAAUCUCUCUAUACUAGGCAUACAAUCAUGUCCGAACUUGCAGGCUAUCCCAAUUGGGUUGUCGAAGUUAACAUAUCUUGAUAUAAAUUAUUGUCCCAAAUUAAUGGGGUAUGCUCACCAAGACAGCAACGAAUGGUUGUCCAUUUGCCGCACUCGUAGGAUCAGAAUCAAUGGGCAGAUGGUGCGAUCCCAAGGAUCUUGAUUUUUCAAAGUGCCCUUUUCGAGACAACAGUGGAUAAGGAAGAUACAGAUUGAGGAUUGAAGAAAGGAAUAUAUGCCAUACGAACUUAAUUUUACAGAGACAAAGAAGAAAAGAAGUCUCUUCCUAUCAACUUCUGCUUCUCAUUGGCCUUGGGAACUGUCAAAAUAUUCAAUUUUGAUGGAAUGGAAGGUUUGUUAGAAUUUGUUGAGACCUCUUUUUCUCCAGGAGCUGAGAACUGGGUUUUGCACUAAUUUGAUGCAUCUACUUUUGCCGGGCCAUGCACCCAAUGCCUCUACAACAAACUGACAAUCAAAGGUCUAGGUUCAUGAUUCUUAUGAUUGUUCCAAUCAGAGGAAAGAUGCAUGUGAGGAAGCAUUGGUGAAUGGUCCAAGAUUUUCCUGAAUCCAAGAAUAAAUGGUCUUGAGAAGGUGCAUGUCGUCCCUAAUUGAAGCAUGAAGGCAUGAACUUACUGAUGAUGGAGAUCUAUUCUAGCAUCUGCUUGUAGAAGUAAAAUCAAAUAUAUAUGUAUAUCCAAGCAAAAUGUUCCCACCCAGCAAUUCUAUGAUUUUAUCAAAUGCAGCUCGGAGUUCAUAGAUAAAACUGGUCAUCUUGAUACCUCUCUAAAGGACUUCAGGCAAAAGCAUCGAGUGAUAUUCAAGCCCUGGUAAUGCUAGAAUUCUUUUUGAAGAUUUUAUUAUUGUUGUAACUCUUUAGUUCCAUAUGGAGAAGAAACUUUGUAGGAAUGUUGUUUCCAAAGCGGGAGUUUCCAUCUGGAUUUCCACGUAAAAAGAUUUCAUCGUGUGGCCGAAGGCUGACGUUCAUAGGAGAUUCAGUGCGAUCUGGAAGUUUGCAAAUUCCCUUUUUCCUUUUUCUCUUUAUGGAACACUGAGUCUUCAUUAACAAAUUUCAAGAAAUGGAAGUCCGAUGACAGUGAAAAACGUAACACUUUAGAACCGGUCAAGAUUUCUAUGGUUGAUCUUCUUAGGGGCCGGGUGAGCAUUCAAGAUUGAUAUAUUAAUUAUUUGCAAGUAUUUUACAAGUAUUUAAGAAACAGAGAAUUGCAAAAGUUAUAUAUAAAUUAUAAAAUACCAUUUUGAGG